CAGCCUUCAACCACCAGACCGGCGAACUCUUCAAUAAAGAAGAUCGAAAAAGUGUAAGGCGUCUCGGACAACCGAAAUUGUAUGCAGAGAAAAGAAUGAAAAUCGGUGCUUUGGAGCAAUGCUACUAAAUUUAGAACAUGGUAGUGAUGACAUUAAAUAGCUCGGCUGAAAAUGUGUACCAUGAUAGGCUGAAUGAAUGGACAAAAAGGGAAAUACAGCUGAGUCGUCUUCAUGAGGAACUUGUUGCCAAGAGGGAGACACUUGUUCAUUAUUCUAUGACAUAUGUAGAAAGUCAGCUUGCCAGACGUCAGAAUGUAAAAACCCAUGUAAAUACAGCUACAAUCAGAAACACAGCGUUGUUGGAGGAUUUGGAGAGCACAGAAGAUCGACUUUAUCAAGAAGCAUGUAAUCCGCCUAGCCCUAGACUAACUACAUUACAGAACAAUUAUUGGUCAAUGGUGAAGAGUCUGAAACCACUGUGGGAACAAAGUCUUCAAAAGAAAACCAGCUUGUCAUCGUCUAGGAAAACAACAGGAAAACAGAAACCUUCCAAGCCUAAGAGAGUUUGGAAGAGAUCAAAGUAGAUAUAGUAUAUAAUGUUGCUUAUAUUAUACAUAUUGUAAUGUAUAUUUUUAUGUAAUAGGUGUUGUGAUAUACAGUUAAUAUAUACAUGUAUUAAUGUAAAUGUAGAUGUAAUAUACUAAUGUGUAAUGACUUAUAGGUGUGUAUAUUCCAUAUAAAGUGUUCAGUGGUUGUGUGUAAGACAAGAAAAAUGAAGAAAUUUAAAACUAAACUUUACUAGAGAUUGGAAAUUGAAAAAGAUUUUUUAUACAGUUGAUUUUUUUUAUUGCAUUGAAUAUUUACGCAAUAACAUUUGGCAUUUAUUUAGUUUUUUAUAUUAAUCUACUGUAUAAGAUUUUUCCUGCUUAGAGUAUACAAGGAGCACAUUUGUACAAACCUGGCCUGAGAACACAGUUAUUUUAUAGUGCAUUUCUUUAAGACAAUCAGUGUUCUCCUUUUUUCACUAAGGUAAGGUGGGUGUUUUGAAAAAAACACUUGCAACCGGUUGAUUUUUUUAACGUUUUCAAUGGGGUUUAUUUUUUUUCAGUUUUACUGUGGGUGGGGUCACAAAUAGAAGUAUAAGUAUUGUAUUCACAUUUAAUGGAAUUGAACCAUUCUUCUGCUAUCACUACCAGCCUUUCAUUAAAUGAUUUGACAAAUUAGUUUUGUGCAUAUCGGAUAGCAGUUCAUAACUUUGUGACGAUUAUCCAUUUAAAUUCCUGUUCAUAUUUAUCACCACCCCUCAAAUGAGGGGUAAUCUCUCAAUUUAAUGACUAUCCCUUUUAUGAGGGGUACAUUUAAAAAGAAACAGAUUAGGGGAAACCUUUUAAUGUAAUGACUAUCCCUUUUAUGAGGGGUACAUUUAAAGAGAAACAAAUUAGCACAUAUUUGUUUUUGGCCUUUUUAUCAUUAUGGACACUCUUGUAGAAUACACUGUAGUUGUAACAAAUAAAACGAUUUCCCCACUUUUAAGGUAAUAAAUCUUAGUUUUUCUUUUUCUUUUCUUCAACAGUAAUAUGACCCUUUGCCUGAUGGACAGUUUUUAAUUUAAGGGAUAUCCCUCAUUUUGGGAUUGUUCCCAACUUGUUUAUCUUCGCGAUCACCUGUGUGCCGUUUCUGUUGUUUUGAUACUUUUUUUUCAAUUUCAACAAUUUCAAUUCAACUAUCCGUUUAAGUUGACUUAUAUGGCUUAGAAUUUUCCUUAUCACCAUCGUCAUCUGCCUUUCCAUUAACCCGAUUAAUAAAAGAAAACAUUGAAAUUUGACGAUCCGCCAUUUUUUUAAUGAAAACAAACUGCGAGGCGCGAUAAGUAUUUAAAUUUUUACGUGCGGAACCGAAAAA